AUGACUUCUGAUCCUGACGAUAAAUAUGUUCGAUAUCAACAACAACGCACAAAUGCGAUGCCCGGAGAUCACAGUAGCAAUGAAAAAAAAGAUAAUAAUGAUAUUUCCUAUCGUCGACAUAGUCUAGCUCAUGUUAACUUUCGAAAAGCUAUUUAUCGAAGUCUAUCACUAACGCAAGGAACUCACGAAAACAAUAAUAUUCAGACAAAAUUAAUAGAAUAUUUUAUUAAAUUUUGUUUUAUAUGUCUUUUUAUUGUAUUGAUUGGAUCAUUAAUUAAACUUAUGUGCUCAUAA